CAGUGGAAAGCGAAAGUGAGCGUCAGUUUUUGUUGCUGUCAACUCUGCGCCUACCCAGCUUCGUCGCCGCACUGCCCGUAGUAGAGGUCCGUGCGCGCUUUGCGGAGUACUUUCUUUAUAUAACAAGCAGAUCGUAACAGAACGAACUGAAUGCAAUGAGGCGAAUAAUUUCGGUAACUGUCGCCGCGCUGUGCGCCCUGCUGGCGCUCAGUUCCGCGGCUCUCGUCGGAGCUCCGAUGAAGCACGACCCGAAGGACUUUGAAAACUAUCUCGACGAGGCUCACUUUGUGGCGGCGUCGCAGGUGGAUGGCCGUGAAUUCUACGACACCGUCGUCGAAAUCCUCGAAGCCGAAACUCAGGUUGUCUCUGGACUCAUAAUCAGGCUCAAGAUGAAGAUGACGGAAUCGGUCUGUAAAGUGUCGAAAGGAAACUACACCAGGGAGCUCUGCUCUCCCAAGAAAGGGAAGCCAGUGAAGAUCUGUGAAGCUGAAAUCUACAGCAGAGCAUGGGAGAACUAUCGGAACGUCAACUCAUUCACAUGCGAAGCGGCUAUGUCGAUCGUCACACGGAUAUCGGGUGUUCUAGAUCCCAAGGACCUAACUUUCGCCUACCUGUCGAAACACCUGAAGCUUUCACAAGAAAGGUCCCUCUUCAGCGUCUUCGCCCGCACGUACAACAAAACGUACAAGGACAAAGAAGAGCAUGAAGCUCGGUUCAUGAUCUUCAAGAACAACUUGAAGAGAAUUGCGCUUUUCAACAGACUCGAAGAGGGAACUGCACAUUACGGCCUCACGGAGUUCUCUGACUUGUCACCGAGCGAGUUUGAGCGCCACUACCUUGGCUUGAAAAAGGAUCUUGCCGAGCACAAAGCAGAGGUCAAGCCAAUCAAAGUUGGACCUGUGAACGAACCACUGCCGGAUCUCUUCGACUGGAGAACCAAGGGAGCUGUGACGGAAGUGAAGAACCAGGGCGCAUGUGGCUCCUGCUGGGCUUUCUCGGUGACUGGAAACGUGGAAGGCCAGUGGUUCCUGUCACGCAACAAACUGCUCUCACUGUCGGAACAGGAGCUUGUUGACUGUGAUCAUGGAGACAGUGGAUGCAAAGGUGGUUACAUGGGUCAAGCCAUGAAGGCCAUUAUUGAAAUGGGAGGCCUGGAGACUGAGUCUGAAUACCCUUACCGAGGUGUAGACGGUACAUGCGAGUUCAACAAGACGGAGACCAAGGCCCGCGUGCAGAGUUUUGUGGGCUUGCCCCAGAAUGAAACCGAGCUUGCCUACUGGCUUAUGAAGCACGGACCCAUUUCUAUUGGAAUCAAUGCCAAUGCAAUGCAGUUCUACUUUGGUGGUAUAUCGCACCCAUGGAAGUUUCUCUGCAGUCCUACAGACCUUGAUCACGGAGUUCUUCUCGUUGGAUUUGGCGUGGACAAACGAAGUUUCCGCCGCAAGCCUGUACCAUACUGGAUCGUGAAGAACAGCUGGGGCAAGUACUGGGGAGAGAAGGGCUACUACAGAGUUUACCGUGGUGAUGGUACCUGUGGUGUCAACCAGAUGGCGUUGUCUGCCGUAGUCCCACCGAAACACUAGUCGACUUAAUCUGUUUUUAGCCUGCUCUCUUAUCUAACAACUUUUUUUACAGGAAGGAAUGCGUGCACAUUCUUCUUUUAAGAUACGGAGAUUGAUUCGCUCGAUAAUGCUUAGUGUUGAUGCUGGCCUUGCACGAUGCCCUAAGCAAUGGGCAGCUUGUUUUAUUUUUUUUGUGCUUGUCAGAGCUUGUAACAGUCCUUAACAUGGAGCUUUGUGAUGUUUGUUCAAGUUCACACUGUUAGCUCAGGUUUUCUCAUAGCUAUUGUACCUUAAUACUCCUUUUCCGACUAUGUUCACACACAGACAAUUCUCUUAGUGCAUGGAGAAAGAAUAGACAGGAGUGGGAGCUGCAUAUAGACUCUAUUGCGAAAGCGUUGGACUGCCGUCACCUUGGGCUGUUGACACUGGAGCUUUCUGAUUGCAACAGCUAAUGCAUGGUACCAGGGUCAAUUUGUAUGCUUGAAGAUGGUCCUACACGUUCAUUUGGUGAUUAACGUCACUGAGCACGAAAUUGAGAAACUGUUCAUGUAGAAGCUCAAGAAGGUAGGGCCCCACGAACUCAAAAUAAAAUCAUCUAUACGUAUAAGACGAGUGGGUAACUAGACAAAGUAUGGAAAAAAGGACAAAGAAAGCAGAAUCACUAGUAGGUGGUAUCUGAUGGCACAAAAUGGAAGCUAUCUGUUAUCAGUCUCUGUUGUCAUUUUGGUUGCUAGAUGGUGCCAGCAUAACGUAGUUUGUGACACUUGGCACGUUUGUGAUGUCAUCUGGUACUGUGACAUUAACUGGUGUUACUAACCAGAUAGUGUCAUGAAUGCAACACUUGCUACGUUCGUGACAUCGUCUUGUACUGUGAUGUUAACUGGUGAGGUUCACUACCGUCUUAAUGCAACAGUUGGCUUGAUCACGACAUCAUCUUGUACUGUGACAUCAACCGGUGAUGCUAAGCACGAAUUGUCAUGAUUGCACCACUUGACACAUCUGUAAUGUCUUGUAUUGUGAAAUUAACUGGCGACACUAACCACAUAGCAUCAUGAAUGUGACACUGUGUGGCUGCACCACAGAGUGCAGUUUCCAUGCCUGUCCAUAUCCUUUCUCUGUAUGCAGGUCUGUGAAGCAGAACAUUCUUUAACUUAUCGCAUAAGUGUGUACUUAAAAGUUAGUUACUUCAGCAUGAAAAAUGCAUAAUUAAAUAACUUUUUAUUGUUCUAUUAACAAAGAAAAAAUAUUUAUGGUCAGAAACUCUUUGCCCUCCUUAAAAUUACUCGAUUGUAUUUUUGUCUUUUGAUGAUCGCAGUGCAGUUUCAAGAGAACUCAACUGUUUGGAAGAUAGUCAUUUUAACGUGCUUUUGCGAGCAUUAAGCUUUUAAAGAGCUUCAGAAUGCACUAGCUUCAAAUGGCUGCGCAAAGCUUCGUACUGUGUUCUUGAAGUCACAAGUGCUGCUUUUCAGUUUUUGUGGCGAUGCAUUCAUUGUCCACUUCCAUUGCACAAUCGAGACUGGCAUGCAUGGCGACCUGUGUGACUGCAUCCCAUUACUAGGCUUCCUCCCAUUUGAUCGGCUGGCACCAGCUGGUGCUUACUGAGACUCAUUUUAGCACAAAAUGCUGGGGAAAAAAAAAAAAUGCUGUGCAUCCACAGUGCUGGGCAGUCCUUUGACUCGCUGGGUAGUUUGGAAACUUUUGUCAAAGAAUCUACAUUUCACUGCUACUACAGUGUCCUAGCAUUGUUACGGUCAUAGCUUCCUUACUCUUGUCAUGAAGACUGGCCGGCCCGCAAGUUACUGUAAGAGCUCAUUAAUCAUGGUGCUUCUAAGGCAGAGGUGGCGCACAUGUAUUUGCACAUGCAAGGCACUCGUACUUUCAUCGGUCAAAUGGCACUGUGAUGUCAAAUUUUCUUAUCUCUAUCCUUGUUGCUUGUUUGUACUUACUUACUCUAUGCACUUGCUGAUGUUUUAAUCUAUUUUAGCUCUCAUUCAUCGCAGCUGCAAGGCAUGGUUCUUUGGCAUGCACCAAGUAGCGAACAAAUUGAAUGUUUAUUUCAGCCAGUGUGUCAUGCCUACGAACUGUGUACUUAAGCGCUAAGUAACAUUGUUUUAUGCUGUUUUUGACACUAGCCACUUAUAACUUUAUUUUUGACAGGUAACGUCCCUUUGCUGUGUGCGCUUACGCGUGCUGGCACAAUCUUAAAGCAAAAGCUGCACCGUGUCACACGGGCCAGUAAUAGCUGUGAUUGUUUGUUAGUUGAGAAUUAACAAGAUUUAUUGGUUUUUCUGAUUGCUCAACACCUGAGCCCUUGAUUGUUGCUGUGAAAAGAAAAAGCACUUAGUUCCAGUAACUGUAUCUUCAACCAGCUUACUGGCUGUGCUAACAAGAUAGCAAGUAGUAGUUUUAAUUUUAGUCACAUCCAAUAGUUAUUUCAUACAGAGUUAACAGUUUUCACACAAUACAUCACCACUAAGCUAUCUGACUUGUUAUAUGUUUUGUAUCAUCCGAACAAUACUUUAUUAUGCCCAAUAUCACUCACACCUGUUUUGGCACAUUUCGUGGCAAACGUCUCAUCGUUUUUCAGUUCGCAAAAAAAAAAAAAAAAACUAUUUUACCUUUACUUGGUCACAAUCUUGUAAACUGAACAUCCAUGCUAACUUUGAAGUCUUUUGGAAUUGUACGCCACACAUUUAGACCAAGCUAUAUUCAGCCACUUUAAUUUCUUGUCGAGUACGUAAGCAGUUUCCGGUAUUUUAGCGUGUCCUCUGGGUGCUUUGUGUAUUUACUCCGAUAACAAACUUUGCUGUCUUUGCAAAUGUUGAUCUGUGCCCUUUAAAUGAUGCUGCUACAUAGAUGACAGUGGCUGUUUGUAACCCGCAAGCUCAUUUUAUACGGUUUACGGCAACAUUUAGAUAUAUAGUUUUGACCUGUCUUCCAAUGGCGAUUACCAAAGUGCAGCCCUGUUGAGGUUGCGCCUUCUGUGCCGUCCCCGCCCGAGAUUGUGAAUUUUAGUAGUUUUAGUAGCCAGCGACUUAAGUGUUCUUUUUACUGUUUAAUUUUAUGGUUACGCCAGCGGAGUGCUGGUUUUGUACUCUAAUAUUGAAUCACUGCUGUUAUCCAAGACUCUCUGAACAAACGAGAAAGUGAUGCAGAAAUAUUUAGCAUCGCAUCUACGAACAAUAUGUCCAUCUUUUCCUCAUACCAAACUAUGCAACUCUUUGUAUACUCCAGUUCUUAGAUGCUCCUGUUGAUAUGUGACGCGACUGUUUCCACUGUGUUGACCUGGAAGGAGUACUGAUACGACAUUUUCGACUUUCCAUAUUUUUGUGUUAGAGGCCCAAAGCCUUGAUCGAAAUCUUAGAAAAAAAAUGCCACUUUGUGUUGGAGCAUGCUAAAUAAGGGUUACCAUAAUACUUGUUUCUUUGGAAUCUGUUUUGGUUUUAGUACUGAGGAAGUGCACGUGUUGUGAUGUUAUGAUGCAUCGGCUCACUUCGUUCCUGUGAUCGCUGCAGCCGCCAUACUUGACUGCAUCCAGAGAAAACACUCGAAGCACUUUCGUAAUUUUUUUGUUAUAUUUUUUUUACGAGCGACAUCAUCGUACCUAGCCUCAUUGCUACACGAUGCCAGCAAAUCUUGCUCAGUAUCACGAUGUCACGAUAGUGACGAUGACUCCAAGUCUGGCAUCGCCACCCUUAGUAUCAAAUCAAAAUAUCUUGUUUCCCAACCUUCACACUUAAUAAUUUUGAUCCUUUUAUGCCGCAUGCAUGCGGUGGAGAUUCUACUUUGAAAAUGUCUGUCAGUACUCAUUUUAAACACUGUUGCAUAAGGACUAUGUAACGUGCUCGGCAUAAUGCAGUUCGGGAUUGCGGUGUUUGUGAACACUAAUCUCGUAGUGACGUUGAGAAGGAAACUUGUGUGGCAGACACUUGAAGGAUUCAUGUUACUCCCGCACAGUUUUUACUUUGCAUUGACUUGUCGCUCUGUUAAUGUUUGUUGGCACAUUGAAGAGGGUUUCUUGUAGGUACCUCUUCCCUUUUGUUGCAAGUUUUUAGAUUAUGCCUUUAAAUAAAAUUUUGAAACAA